AUGGAUCGGAGUUGGAUGUAUAAAAAACGCAAUACACUUGAAUAUGUUCAUGGGGUUCAAGAGUUUGUUAAAAUUGCCGAGGAAUAUGCAAGUAAAAUUGGUGAAAAUUAUAUAGUGUGUCCUUGUUAUGAUUGUAGAAAUCUAAAAAAGUUUCGUAGUUCUGAACAAAUUAAGGAACAUUUGAUACGUCGUGGUUUUAAGAUAGGAUAUGACCGGUGGAUAUGGCAUGGUGAAACUGUCCUUACUAGUAACAGUACAAAUCAAAGAGAAUGUAGAAAAAAUGUAGUGAAAGAUCAAAGUAAUGAAGAUAAUGUUGGAAAUGAUGGAGACAAUGAUCGGCUAGAUGAAUUGAUACGGGAUAUGCAAGGGGAUUUGAAUGAAAUGCCUCAAGAGUUUGAAAGUUUUUUUGAGAGUUCUGGAAAACCUUUGUUUUCUGGAUGUAGUAAAUUUACAAAGUUAUCAGCAGUGCUUAAAUUGUAUACCAUAAAAGCAAAACAUAGGUGGAGUGAUAAGAGUUUCACGGAGUUAUUAGAGUUUUUAAAAGACAUGCUUCCAAAUGAGAAUGAACUUCCUUGUUCAACUUAUGAGGCAAAGAAAAUGUUAUGUCCGUUGAGGCUCGAUGAUGCAUGUGAGCAGAAGAAAAGUCCUCCAGCGAAGUUGUUGUGGUAUCUACCGGUGAUUCCAAGAUUCAAACGUUUGUUUGCAAAUGCAAAGGAUGCGAAGAAUUUGCAAUGGCAUGCUAGUGGGAGAAAAGAAGAUGGAAAGUUGAGACAUCCUGCCGAUUCUCCUCAGUGGAAGAACAUUAAUAAGAAGUUUUCUGAUUUCGGUGCUGAAAAUCGAAAUCUUAGGCUUGGACUAUGCACGGAUGGAAUGAAUCCUCAUGGUAACAUGAGCAGUCGCCAUAGCACUUGGCCAGUUCUUUUAACAAUUUACAAUCUUCCUCCGUGGUUGUGUAUGAAGCGCAAGUACAUCAUAUUAUCAUUGCUAAUAUCUGGUCCUAAACAACCAGGAAACGACAUAGAUGUGUACUUGGCACCGCUUAUUGAAGAUUUAAAGAAGUUGUGGAAUGAAGGUGUGACAGUAUUUGAUGCUCAUAGUCAAACCAACUUCACUUUACGAGCCAUGCUGUUCUGCACAAUCAAUGACUUCCCAGCAUAUGGUAACUUGUCAGGGUAUACUACUAAAGGGGCUAAGGCAUGCCCUGUUUGUGAAGAUGAAACAUUUGAUCUUUGGUUGAACAACAGUAGGAAAAAUGUGUUCAUGAGUCAUCGAACCUUUUUACCUAUUGACCAUCCUUAUCGAAAGAGGAAAAAAGCUUUCAAUGGAAAAUCUGAGACUGGAGUUGCUCGCUUACCAUUAUCAGGGGAUGUUGUUUAUGAUCGAGUGAAAAACAUUGGUAAUGUGUGGGGAAAAACUUCAAAAACAAGUCAAAAGGGUAUUUGGAAAAAGAGGUCUAUAUUAUGGGAUUUACCAUAUUGGGAGCACUUAUCUGUUCGACAUUGUCUUGAUGUAAUGCAUGUGGAGAAAAAUAUUUGUGAUUGCAUUAUCGAGACAUUGUUGAAUAUUCAAGGUAAGACGAAAGAUGGUAUUAAAGCUAGAAAAGAUAUGGUAGAAUUGGGGAUAAGGACUCAAUUAGCAACACAAGAAUCUGGAAAGAUGGCAUACUUACCUCCAGCUUGUUAUACUCUGUCUAAAAAGGAAAAAACAAGUUUUUGUAGCUGUCUAAAUGGUGUCAAGGUUCCUUCUGGCUAUUCAUCUAACAUUAAAAAGCUUGUUUCAAUGAAGGACCUUAAAUUGGUUGGUAUGAAAUCACAUGAUUGCCAUGUGCUAAUGCAACAUAUGUUACCUAUUGCUAUUAGAGGCAUAUUACCUAACCAUGUUAGACAAGCAAUUACAAAGCUUUGCUACUUUUUCAAUGUCAUUAGUAGUAAAGUUGUUGAUCCUGAGGUGUUGGAUUCUUUGCAAGCUGAUGUGGUAGUAACUUUAUGCCAGUUUGAAAUGUAUUUCCCUCCAUCAUUUUUUGAUGUUAUGGUGCAUUUAACAGUUCACUUGGUGUGGGAAAUUAAAAUAUGUGGUCCUGUAUUCUUGAGGUAUAUGUAUCCAUAUGAGAGAUACAUGGGAAUUUUGAAAGGAUAUGUGAGAAAUCGAUAUCGGCCAGAGGGGAGUAUAAUUGAAGCUUAUGGCGCUGAAGAAGUGAUUGAUUUCUGUACUGAUUAUUUGGCUAAUGUUCAGUCCAUUGGUGUUUCUAAAUCACGUCAUGAGGGAAGACUCACAGGAAAAGGUACCAUUGGGUUUAAAACACGUGUUCCAAGUCAAAUAAUCCGAAAUCAAGCACAUCAUCUCGUACUGCAGCAGCUUUCUGAGGUUCAUCCAUAUUUGGAACAACACUUGUCUAUUAUAAGGCAACAAAAUCCUUCUAAAGGUGAAAUGUGGGUGACAAAAGAACACAAUUCUACAUUUAUCACAUGGUUCAAAGAUACAGUGAUGCAAGAGUUAUCUCAAGUGCCAAAUAAUAUCACUGAAACCAUUAGAUGGUUAUCGUAUGGCCCUAGAUUUGUUGUGAGCACUUAUGAGGGAUAUGAUAUUAAUGGGCGGGGUGUCCGUGUAGAUGAUUUGGGUUUUACCUUAGUUGAUUUUGGUCGGCUUGGAUAUCAUGUUGAACCGUUUAUACUUGCAUCUCAAGCUAAACAAGUCUUCUAUGUUUCUGAUCCUAUUGAUAGUAAGUGGUCAAUUGUCUUACAAGGCAAAAGAAGUAUUGUUGGUGUUGGUGAUGUUGUUGAUGAAGAGGAAUAUGACCAAUUUGAUGAAACCCCACCAUUUUCUAUUGGUAUUCAACAUGUGACUUUAUGUGAAGAUAACAUUGAUACUAAUUACAUGCGUACUGAUCAUGAAGAAGGGUUAUGGAUUGACCAUCCGACAGUAUAUAUAUACAUGGCUGACGAUCACACAGAUCCGGUGGUGGAGGAAUCUUCAAAGGGAACAGAGAGCAAAGUGCGUAAAGCAAGAAGAGCUACAACUUGCAGUAAAAUGACAAAGAAGAGACUAGAGGAUGAGUCUAAGGUAAUUGAGUUUGAUGAGAAGAAUAGGCCUCUUGGGCCAAAUGCAAGGAAGUACUCAAAUUACCUUGGCCUUAUGGUUCGUAUUCACAUAGACAUAAACAUUCCACACUGGCGUCUUGUUCCAACUGCGGUUAAAGAUGCAGUCUGGGAUGAACUUAAGGCCUAA